GUGACCCCUUGACUCCUUCCACCCAUGUCGAAAAUUCAGCAACCUUCAAAUCAAAUCAAGCUUACGAAUGUCUCCGUGGUUAAAUUAAAGAAAGGCGGCAAGCGCUUCGAAAUCGCAUGCUACAAGAAUAAAGUGCAAGAGUGGAGAAAUGGCGUGGAAACUAACUUGGACGACGUUCUUCAAAUAAGCAACGUAUUCGUGAACGUUUCCAAGGGCGAAGUAGCCAAGCAUGGCGACCUAAAAAAAUGCUUUGGUACAUCCGAUAUUCUCGAUAUCGUUAAAGAGAUCCUCAAGAAGGGCGAGAUGCAAGUCAACGAGAAGGAGCGCGAUCACGAUCUCUCGGCGCUUCGCAAAGAAAUCCUCAACUUGGUAGCAGAGAAAUGUGUUGAUCCGGAAACCCAAAGGCCUUAUCCAGUAGGUCUGAUAGACAAAGCUAUGACCGAGGCUGGAUUCAGUGUUAAACCGAACAAAACUGCGAAAAGCCAGGUGUCGGAAUGUAUAAAGCUUAUCCAGUCAAAUUCCACGCUGCCUAUACAGCGUGCAAGGAUGCGUGUCCGUGUAACUAUGCCACCUGCAGACGGCAAGCGGCUCAGAGAGAAGAUAUUAGAAGGAGCAGACAAGGUUGAGGACGAUGAAACCACUAAAGAUGAGUGGGAAGUCGUUAUGCUCAUAGAUCCUGGCCAAUUCCGUGUAAUCAAUGAGAUUCUGCAAAAAGAAUGCAAGGGCCGGGGACGAAUCGAGACAAUGACUUUCGCAGCAACAGCGACAAAUUAGACCUCCUCAGGGCUCCUGUGUCCUUAGAGAAUUGUAUCUUUUUAGGUAGACUCAGAUGACAUUGUUAUGUGUACAUCUUCUGGCAACUCAACGUUGUAAAUCGCGCAGGAUAAGCGGCCUCAUCACACGGCCCCAAUUCUCAUCCCACGAGCUCCACUCCCAUUCAACGUUGCUGACUUGUUCUGCAUGAUC